AUGUUUCAAUUAGGAAUCAAAUCGAGUAUCUGAAUUAGUCCUGUGCGUUAAUUCGAGAGAUAAAUCCGGGAACGAACGAUUAAUAAAAUCCAUGUAACUAGGAAAACGAUCAUUGAUUCUGUGACACAUAACGUUCGAAACUGUGCGCAAGUACAAACUUUAAACCAGUGAUACUUAAUUACCGGACCGGUUACGAUCACAAAUCCAGCGGAAUUUGUUGAUUCCGACGCAACAAUAACUUUCACUUCGCCGUUCUGUUCCGUCGACGGGGAAACCUUGCCCGAAAUUACGGUUUGAGGGCCGACGGAUUACGUGGCCGCGUACCCGAUCUGUGUGCGGUCACUGGUUUCGAACGCAAAACUGGAUCGCAGGAUUUCCCGACUGAUUUUCCCCGAGUCCUAGACUUUCCAGAGUGUUUUACGACGUCGUACGUGCGCUACCGUCCGAUCCGUUCACUCGUUCGCUCAUUCACUUUGGGGUCGUGUCGUGGUAAUUGAAAAAAAAAAAAAAAAAAUGAGUGGUGUCGACGAUAUCAUCAGCUACAAGCGCAAACCCGAGGAGGAUUAUUACGGGAUUCUGGGAUGCGACGAGCAUUCGUCGAUCGAGCAGAUCACGGCCGAAUACAAGGUACGCGCGUUGCAGUACCAUCCGGACAAGAACGACGGCGACAAGGAAGCCGAACAGAAGUUUCAACAGUUGAAAGAGGCCAAAGAAAUACUAUGCGAUCCAGAGAAAAAGGCUAACUACGAUAAGUGGAGGAACAGUGGAAUAGCCAUGAGCUACAAACAAUGGGUAGGAAUGAAGGAACAUGUCCAACAGUCUAUGCACUGGACAACACCGAAAACCAAGGACCGCAUGUUGGAGUCUGGCGGCAACUCCGGCCCGUCCAGCUUGGGCGCCAGCGGCGUCUCAGCCGCCCACCGCCGGGCGUCCGAGGGCGGCGCCAACCUGCACUGGGGCGGACGCGGAGCCGGCUCGGCCUGGGGAUCGGACGCACCCAGCGAGGUUGUCAAUAAGUUCAGAAAUUACGAAAUCUAAACAGAUCGCUAUCAUCUCGAUGUUGAGUGUUUGUAUUUAUGUGGUUCCCCCGUUUUUAGUUCGUUUUUUAGUCGGUGCUUGGAAUAACCGAUCGGUUUUGUCGGACAAUGAUUGUAAUUCAGUACAGUGUGUCGCAGGCUAUAUUAUUUAUUAUCAUUUUUUAAUUCACAAGGCCUAGAAUCUCACAGUGAUCGCACGGCCAAAUGCAAAAUUUUUAUUGGAUAUUCCAAGCACACACACCUGUUUCUUUUUGGUAUGUGAGACGUUCCUUCCGAAUUUUAUUGUAAUGACCACCUAUGGUAUUGCAAAUUGCAAUGACAUAUCAAAAUUUCAAUUUUUGGAACUAACGACUUAGUGUCCUCACUAAUUUACGUAAAUUAUAACAAAAGACAAUCUAUCUUUCUUAUUAUUUUAACAAAUGAAUAUAUUUUCAUAUAUCUAACAUUCUAUUUAUACAUUUAAAAAUGUGAUAUUAGUUCAUUAAUGGUUUAUUGGCUACAUUAAUCAGCUGAAGUGUAUUUCAGGAAGUGCAUGUUUCACUUUUGUGUGGUUGUGAAUUGAUUUUCAGAACCUUUUGAAUAAUUAAUUGGUACCAGAAUUGAUUGAUUGUCGAGACGUGCAACUCCACAACUAUACUUUCACAGCUGACGUGUAAGUUUAAGCAAUUGUCUUAAUAAAUUUGUAUUUACAAUUCAAAAAUUUGCAUUUUACAGGGUAUUACAAUUUUUAAGUAUUGUGUUGGAAUUUAUGUUUGUUCACGAGAAGUCUGAGCAGUUAUCAUUCCUAGGUUUGCAUUCUGUAAAUAUAUUAUUAUAUGCUAUUGCAACUUAGCAAAAUAAUUAACUUUUAGACCUUAAAUCCAUCUGAACACUGAUGGAUUUUAGAUCUCUUCAUCCCUGGAUAAUAUAUGUAUCUAACUGUAUGUUCAGAUAUUGAAAUGACCAAACCUUCAUAGCACGGUUACCCUUUCUUGCCUGAUAUGUUGUAUGCUGCCCCUGUAGCUGAAGAUUUUAACAAUGUUGAAUCGGAUGAAUGUUAAAAUUCUUAAAAUUUUCGGUUUGGGUGCAAAUUUUGUAGACUCCUUGUUUUCGCAUUAACUGUCCUACCAGGGUAAAUGCACAAGUCCACUACCCUAUACACACAUAUUUUGAUAUAUGUUAUAUAAAUGUAUUAUACAAUAAUUUUACCUACUGUUAUAACUACAUGAAUAUACAUAUUUAUAAAUGUUUGAAGAUAAUAAAUCUAUAUGUUAUACA